AUUUUGGAACCUGGGGGCUUGAAUGAAGCACAAUAAGCACCGAAGCGUUUCACGGGUGUCUGCAGCCAGACCCCUCUCGUAACCGUGGAGCAGAGCCGUGGUACACUGGCAAAAAAAAUCAACAUGUCCACAGAGUGGAUAACGUUUGUGGAGGAGCGUCUGGGUGCUGGUGCGGAGGACUUAUUUGCGCUGCUGAAGAGCACCAUAGCGGAAUAUGAGAAGGAGCUGCGCCGCUACAAAUACGAAAACCAGCGGCUCCAGCUGCUCCUGGACUCAACUCUGAGGGCUCUGAGCCCGAGGGUCGUGCUCGUUAGAGUCGCUGUCCAGCUCCCCUCUCUGAGCCCUGGUCUGACUCCACACAUUAAAGAAGAACACAACAUCAAACAGGAGGAGACUGAGCAGCAAGUCUCUGUCCCAGAGUUUAGUGCUGUGAGCGUGAAGACAGAAGAGUCCUCACUACUUCUACAAAGACAAACUGAGCAGAGAGAGGACACACAGGAGGAGGACAUCAAAGCAGAGACACAAGUCCACAAAGAGGACACACAGGGGGAGGACAUCAAAACAGAGACACAUGUCCACAGAGAGGACACACAGGAGGAGGACAUCAGAGCAGAGACACAUGUCCACACAGAGGACACACAGGAGGAGGACAUCAGAGCAGACUCAGAGACUGAGGGAGACACAGAGCACUCUGCUGACACUGACAGUGUUGAAGACUGGAGAGCUCCAUUCAGCUGUUCACCUGCACACAUGGACACAGGGACUGAUAGAAACAAGUCUACACCAGAGACCAGAGACACUGUGAACUAUGGAGACAUGUCAGGAACUGGCAAAGGAGCUGAGAGCAGGAAACACAAGUGCUCUGUUUGUAAAGAGAGAUUUGGAUCUACAUAUAAACUACAAAAACACAGGAGAGUUCACACAGGAGAGGAACCAUUCACCUGUUCAGUCUGUAAGAAAAUGUUUGCUGUAACAUAUCACCUCAAAAGACAUAUGAGGACACACACAGGAGAGAAACCAUUCAGCUGUUCAGUCUGUAAGAAAGUAUUUUCCCGAAAGCAUCAUGUUGACACACAUAUGAAGACACACACAGGGGAGAAACCAUUCAGGUGUUCAGUCUGUAAUAAAGUGUUUGCACACAGAUGUCAUUUCAAAACACAUAUGAGGACACACACAGGGGAGAAACCAUUCAGCUGUUCAGUCUGCAAGAAAGUGUUUGUGCAAGGAUCUAAUCUCAAAGCACAUAUGAAGACACACAGGGGAGAAAGCUAGAUCAGGGGUUGGCCACCUUAAAUCCACAAAGAGCCAUUUGAUGCAUCUCCCACAGAAAAGAAAACACCCAGAGCCACAAAUCUCUCAAAGGCUAUAGUGUUUUACAUUUAUGAAGUCAAUGAGAUGCUACAGAGAACAUGGAAUUUUAUUUCUGCAUGUAACAAAAAACAUUUAGAACUCCAAAAAAAGACACUUGGUUGAUACUUACUUUCAAAUGAAGUUCUCAGUGUCUAUUUAAGUUUUUAGAGGAAAUAAAAAUCCAAACUUAAAUUAUCCAUCUGCAGUGAACCAUAAGUGCGUCUGCUUUUGAGUUCCGUCAUCAUUUUAUCACGUGUAAACCAGUCUCAUCAGUGGUGAAAUCAAAUGCAUCUGUCCAUGUAGCAUUAAACAUUCUCUUUUCUUCAGAAAUGUUUCUUUUCUUGGAUUUAUCCAUCCACCUACCAGAGCUCGAAAAGCUCAAUAAAUCAUGCUGCUGGUGUAGGUGCCUGUAUCUGGGUUGCCAGAUCUGUGCUGGGAGUCGCACAUCGGCUGCUGUGAUGCAUAUUUAGAGCGACAAAAAUACUAAAAACAUUUUAUUUUAAUGUUAUAAGAUUACCAUUAUCUGCAAAUUUAGAAUAACAUUUAAAAACGAACAAACUAAAAUAAAAAUACAUUGUAAUUAGAUACUCAUUAUUUAUUUUCUAAAGUCACAGGAAGCCACAAAAGAAGGAUGAAAGAGCCACAGGUGGCUCUGGAGCCGCGGGUUGCCGACCCCUGGCAUAGAUAAAUGGACAUAUCUAAUGCUCUAGCCGCCGUGUUCCAAAUAAGAAGUUUGCAUUUUGGUCUUAAAAUUUUUGUAUUAACCUGCCGUACAUGUGUUUUUUCUGCUGUUUUAUUCAUUUAAAAAAUCCUAUUCAUAAAAUAGAUUUAUCACA